AUGAUACAACGUAUUCGUUUCUAUACAACACAAUGGUCUCAUUACUGUGAUAAACCAUUCGGAAAAACAAAAGGUUUAGAACAAGCACCUAAAAUAACGCCUAAACUAAUGCCGAUGAUUGAAGAUCCAAACAAUAAAGAUGAUAAUCAAUUCCAUUAUGAUUCAACACCAAUUUUACUCUAUUUGGACACUCAAUAUCCUCAAUCAUCUCUAUCCCUUUUUCCAUCAUCAAAUAAAGAACGUCAACAAGUGAUUGAUACAUGUUUACGUCUUGAUUCGACAUUAGGUCUUUAUGGACAUCGUAUUGCUUAUGUUCAAAUACUCACAGAAAGUCCAAAUGUAUUGUCACUUGUACUCCGUGAAAAGUAUCCAUGGGCCAAUAAUCCAGAUGAUAUUCGCUCACGUUGA